GGGCUGUUUUUGAAGCCAUUCCCAUUCAGAGAUCAUAUUUCUACCUGAACCAUCAUCAUCCUUAGCCCAGCAUGCUGUACACAGAAUUGUUGCAGCUGUGGAACGAGUCGGUGCAGCUGCUGGAUGCCAAGGACUGGCUGGGAGCUUUGGCCAAACUGCAGCUCAUCACUGAACCAACCUCACGCUUACACUUCAACGCUGCCUCAGCUCACCUGGCCCUGGGACAGCUGGACUUGGCUCAGAGGUCUUUAGACUUCACCAUCGCCAAAGAUGAACGUCUCGCUGUGGCUUUUUUCCAAAGAGCGGCGGUGAUGAUGCAGCUGGGCAGGUUGGAGGAGGCCUUGUCUAACUGUAUCUGGGCUCAGAAGCACAUGAGAGGUAACGCGGUCAUCGACUACAAACAGCUGGGACUGAGAUUCAAACUCUUCAGCUGGCAGGUGUUACACAAUGCAGCAGCUGUGUACUGUCAGAUGGGCCACUGGGACCAGGCCAGAGAUGUUCUGUUGACCUCGUCCCAAGAGAGGGGAGCAGGACGAAUGGCAAACAUUGAAGUGGCUUUGGACAGCAUUGAAGUGACGGGCGGUGGGGGGCGAGAAGAAGAGUGCGGCUUGACCAGAUGGCGCACAGCCUCCGACACCUCCUUCGACUUCUUUGACUUGUCAAGCAUGGCCUUGAAGUUGGCUCCGAACAGCGCAUUUGCCGUGAUGGGGCCUUCCAACAAGUCCUUCUGCAGCUUCUCCGGCAGGGAGGGGAAACUUCAGCAGAAGAUACACACUCUGCACUUGGUGGAGGGCGCCCACUCCCCACAAGUCAUUUCUUCUUUGAUUCCCAACGAUGAUUUUGGAGGUUUUGAAUCCCUGAGGGAACAGAAACCUGGAUUUUAUGAACCUCAGAUGGAUGGAGCUCUAGAUAAGGAGACUCACUACAUGCGUGUGCGACGUCCCUUCAUGGCUCAGGGCCCGGGACAGCUGACUGUGCCUGGAGGAGCCAUGGUGUUUCUGUUUGGGGAUGAGGACAGAGAUGGGAUGAUAAAUGUCAUAUAUGAUGGACAGAGAGGGCUUCUGCCAAUGGCCUUCCUUGAACUGGCUAAUGCCAAGGCACCCAAAGGCAAAAACGACAAUAGAGUUCCCAGUGGAAUCCCCCUCCCACCAGAACUCAAGCCGCCCACACGCCCACAAGCUCGACCCAAACCAGCGGCUCCUCCUCGAGAAACUCCACCUCCAUCCUAUACCCCCGAAACCCAUCUACCACCAUCAGCCUCAGAGCCUCCCAAGUGUACAGCUAAUGCAGCAGACCAGCAGGCUGGCUCAUCUGAGGGAGCAGGAGCUGCAUCUGUGGUGGUGAAAGUCCACUACACCUACAGUGUGGCCCUGUCUGUCCCACUGGACACUCCAAACCAUAAGCUGAAGGGACAAAUUGCACAGAAAUUGGGCCAUCCAGCAUCCCAGCUGCACCUCAGACAUAAGCAACAUGGUUCUCGAGUGCUGACGCCCCUGAACGAGGAGGUGGAGCCGGGCUGCACCAUACAAGAAGUGGCUGAAGAUGGCAGAGUCACCCUGUGGUGCCAGAGAGAAGACCCCCUGGCAAACCGUACCAUCCUCUAUGAAAUGGUGGCACUGUAUGACUACACGGCUCAGGGCCCAGAGGACCUGGAAUUCAGUGAAGGAGACACCAUUGACAUACUGGGUGAAGUUAAUGAGGAAUGGCUGGAGGGACACUGUGGAGGAAAACUUGGCAUCUUCCCCAGCUGCUUUGCCUACCGGGAGAAUGAAAACUUCAUGCAGAACUCAGAUUCUUAA